AGCUGUACUUGUUCUAUCACACUCACACACUCUUGCCACCUCGGUUUAUAGCAGGGGACACUCCGGCUCUCCUCUCCAAAGCUGCGCAGUGAGCGGUGCGGAGAGACAUCAGCCGGUCAGGGAGGCUCUCCUCUGCGCUCAUUCUGCCUCUCUUGGUCCAACCGGCAUUUUCUUCGGUGUUGCUUUGCUUUAAGGACUAUUUUGCUUCAUUAUUUUAUUAUCGCGAGAGUCAGUGGAGUCAGUGCGCCCUGAACAGCGCAGCUGAGCCAAAGAGAGGAGAGGAAAAAGGAAAGGACACUCGGGGCUUGUUCUCUUGUUCCUGCUCCUCUGCCACUUUCACUCUCUCACAGACGACUGUGUGGACCCUGGAGAGGCGACGAUGGAGGGUCUCCAGCGACUGUAUCUUCUAGCUUUCCUUCUGAUACAUGGUGGCCACCAAGCCUGGAGCGCAGGCAGCGAUCAGCAGCAAAUUCCAGCAGAAAAGCUGCUUGUCCUGACUGUGGCCACACAAGAGACUGAUGGCUUUCUCCGCUUCAUGCAGUCAGCGAAAUACUUCAACUACACUGUGAAAGUGUUGGGGAUGGGUGAAGAAUGGAAAGGAGGAGAUGUGGGACGCACCAUUGGUGGAGGUCAGAAGGUCCGACUACUCAAGAACGCCAUGGAGGAUCUGGCUGGCCAAGAGGAUUUAGUGGUCCUCUUUGUGGACAGUUAUGAUCUUAUCUUUGCGGGAGCGCCGGAGGAGCUCCUGAGGAAGUUCCAGCAGGCCAAUCAUAAGGUGUUGUUUGCUGCAGAGGGUGUGAUUUGGCCAGAUUCACGGCUGUCAGAGAAGUACCCCUACGUCCGCAGCGGGAAGCGCUUCCUCAACUCUGGAGGCUUUAUCGGCCACGCCCCAUACAUAAACAAGCUGGUGAAGCAGUGGAACCUGCACGACAACGACGACGACCAGCUCUUCUAUACCAAGAUCUACUUGGACCCCCUGCAGAGGGAGAGCCUUAAUAUGACUCUGGACCACAAGUGCCAGAUUUUCCAGAAUCUAAAUGGAGCAGUGGACGAAGUCUUGAUGAAGUUCGGCACUGAUCGCGUUCGAGUCAGAAACACCGUCUACGACAGUCUUCCCGUGAUCAUCCAUGGCAACAUAAACACCAAAAUCUAUUUGAAUUACUUGGCCAACUACGUCCCGAAUGCCUGGACCUACGAGCGAGGCUGUGGUGUGUGUGACCAAGACAUGGUGGAUUUGUCUCAACUCGCAGAAUUCCCGCGAGUGAGAGUCGGGGUGUUUAUCGAGCAGCCCACCCCAUUCCUGCCCGAGUUUCUCCAACGGCUCCUGACCCUAGAUUAUCCCAAAGACAAACUGGACGUGUUCAUUCAUAACAAUGAGGUUUACCAUGAGAAGCACUUACAGGCUUUCUGGGAGGAGAACAAGGACGUGUUCCGCAGUUUUAAAGUCGUUGGCCCGGAGGAGGACUUGAGCCAAGGGGAGGCUAGGAACCUGGGCAUGGACCUGUGUCGGAGGGAUCAGGAGUGUGACUACUACUUCAGCAUCGACGCAGACGUCAUGCUCACCAACAGGCAGACACUGAAGCUCCUCAUGGAGCAGAACAGAAAAAUAAUUGGUCCCCUUGUCACUCGCCAUGAAAAACUGUGGUCCAACUUCUGGGGGGCUCUGAGCUUGGAUGGCUACUACGCCCGAUCUGAGGACUACAUUGAGAUUGUGCAAGGAAAGCGAGUCGGUGUGUGGAAUAUUCCGUACAUGGCCCAUAUAUACCUCGUAAAAGGCGAGGCUUUGAGGAACGAGCUGAAAGACAGGAACGUGUUUGUCCUGGAGAAGCUGGAUCCUGACAUGGCUCUGUGUAAAAAGACCAGGGAACUGACAAUACAGAGAGAGAAAGACUCUCCUUCUCCGGAAUCAUUCCAUAUGCUCAGAGCCCCAAAGGGCGUUUUCAUGUACGUUACGAACCGUGAGGAGUUUGGAAGGCUUAUUUCUACAGCCAAUUACAACACCUCCCGUUUAAACAAUGACUUAUGGCAGAUAUUCGAGAACCCAGUGGAUUGGAGGGAGAAGUAUAUCCAUCCCAACUACACACAGAUCUUUACAGAGAACCGUCUAGAACAGCCAUGUCCAGACGUGUUCUGGUUUCCCGUGCUGUCGGAGCGGGCUUGUGAUGAGCUGGUGGAGGAGAUGGAGCACUUUGGGUCAUGGUCCGGUGGAAAGCAUGAGGACAAACGCAUCACUGGCGGCUAUGAGAGCGUCCCCACCGACGAUAUCCACAUGAGACAGAUCGAUUACGACAAGGAGUGGCUGCACUUCCUCCGGGAGUUCAUCUCGCCUGUCACUCUGAAGGUUUUCUCCGGAUAUUACACCAAGGGCUAUGCUGUCAUGAACUUUGUGGUGAAGUACACUCCUUCCAGACAGGCCUACCUGAGACCUCACCAUGAUUCAUCCACGUUCACCAUCAACAUAGCACUGAAUCAAAAAGGAAUAGAUUUCCAGGGUGGAGGCUGUCGAUUCCACAGGUAUAACUGCUCUAUAGAGUCUCCAAGGAAAGGCUGGAGUUUCAUGCAUCCAGGAAGACUAACCCACCUUCAUGAAGGACUACCCACCACCAACGGCACACGUUACAUCGCAGUGUCUUUCGUCGACCCUUAACUUCCCUCUUUGGCUAGGAAAGUGUUAGAUUCUGUGUGUGUGUGUGUGUGUGUGUGUGUGUGUGUGUGUGUGUGUGUGUGUGUGUUCUGUGUCAUUUGUUUUGUUGACUUUUUGUUCGUUUCGAGUCAGUGUUUUUGGUUUGUGUCUUUUGUGGCUUUUACUACUGCGCGAAGAGAAAACGAGUUCAACGGAUGGUCACAAAGGGUUUGUGGGGAGUUCCGUACCCACAUGCACACAAGUCAAUCACACAUACACUCCUGCACACACAUACACACAUACAUACAUUAGAACACGGCUACAGUAAUUAGCAUUAUAUGCUUUGAAAAAAAUCAACACUGCAGGGAAAUAGAUCCGAUUUUCUCCACUGUAUUAUCAAUACAAUCAGGUCAAACCAUAAAGUCUUUAUUCAACCUAUAGUCAUAUUGAUUGUCCAGAAGAGAAAAGACCUGCAGGUGUGGUACACAAUGGUGCUGUUUUAGUGUGAUAUCCUGAGAUUUUUUUGUAAUGACGAACGUGUUUUGUUGUUCUUUUCUACCCAAGAAAAAUACAGUACUGUGCAAAAGUGCAAAGCUACCCACCCUUCAUGUAUCAAAUGGCCAAUAAAAUGGCCAUUAAGUACAAGUUAUUAAUUUUUCUGGGAUAAAGAUAAGAUUAGAUAAGCUAAUCCACUUGUGUAAGUAAAGGGAGAGUCAAUGGAAAAUAAGUGAAAAAUAUGAGUUUCUAAAACUGAAGUUGAUUUAAAAAUGAUUAAAAGAUACAGAGAAUGUGGGAUUCCUAAGUGUGCAAGACCUGUAGACCACCGCAACGGCCCCUUUCAGAUAAACAGUACUUACAGCAUUUAUCUUUGAGAGAUCUGAAGUGUUCAAUAUUAAAUGUGUCCAUUCUUUGCCUUCAUCACAGCUUUGUUUUCAAAUUGUUUUCAGAGAAAUCUACAGGGAUAUUUUUUACAUAGCUCCAAAGUUCAGUCUUAGAAGUUGCAUUUUCUGCUUCUUAUGAUCCAAAUAGUCCAAACACACUCACUGAUGUUGAGAUCUGGACUCUGGAGUGGUCAGUCCUGAGACUGACCACCCCAGCACCACCUGAGAACACCAGCACUUCUGUGUUUGUCUCCUUUUCUCAGUGAGGCUUCUUAACAGCUACACAUCCUUUCAGACCCAUAGUGCUGAGUUGUCUUCUCACAGUGGAAGGAUGGACAGAAACACCUGUAGAUGUUUUCAGAUCUGAAGCAGCUUGAUUUGCUCCUCUAUCUCAAAGAUGAAAGCUUUAAGUGCUGUUUAUCUGAGGGGGGACAGUUUUGGUGUCUACCAGAUCUUGCUUGGUUAUUAAAGGUUCCAUUUUUUCAAAUCUUGUAUCUGUAUCUAUAUUUUUGUAUCUUAUAAACUUCGGUUUUAGAAUCUCCUCUUUUUACACUUAUUUUCCUUUGACCUUCUCCUUCCUUAUGCAAGUGGAUUAUCUUAUGUUUAAUUUCCUCAGAAAUGUCGCCUGAAAAAUAAAUAACUUGUACUUAAUGGCUGUUUUAACUGGAAAUGAAAUAAAUGAAGGGUGGUCUCUGACUUUUCUGCAGUACAAUAUAUAAAUAUAUAUUUUUUAUCUUUGCACAUCAAGAAACAGAAAUGACCGCAGGAUUUGAUUUGAAUUCUGGUUGAAUGAAGUUUGAUGAAGACAAAUUAUUACUUGAAAGGCUAGUUUUCUGGACAUAACAUGAGCUAAAUUUUGGAGCCAAUCCCAUUGGCAAAAUUUUUGAUAAAUUAUCAUUAUUUCAGAGUCUCCAUUUUUUGGUCUUGGUCUAGGGUCAACAUGUGCCCAGAAACUGGCCUAAAGUGUUUUACUGUAAAACACAUGGCAGAAUGAUGCCUGUUACAGCCUCAGUUCCUGAAUCAAACUUUUUGGAGAUGAUAGAUGUUGUACUGUCACUGAAAGUUGUUGCUUGUGAAUGAACUUUGAGCCUCAGCCAGGUCCAUCUGUUUUAACUUAUUUUGAAACUGUUGAAAAACAUAAUAAAAGAUAUUUUAAAAAG